UCACUCCAUGGCGGACGGGGGAGAGGAAGUGCCGUUUCUGUGGUGGCUUCGCUUGGUAUCCAAUUCAUAGAUAGAGCAGAGGGGAUUCCUUUCGAGGAGGUGAGAUUUUGGUGGGUUGCAAGGUGGAUUAUAUUUGAUCGUCUUGCUGGAGGUUGGAAUCCGCUGGUGAGAAAACAGAAGGGAAGUGAACAGAAACCUCUCCUCCGCCUCUUCUUCUUCUUCUUCUUCUUCAUUGCUGUUGUAGUUGUCGUCAUCGAGAGAGAGAGGAAGAGAAUAUGGCUGUUGAUCGGGAGGCACAGUUUCAUGUGCUGGCUGUGGAUGACAGCCUCAUCGACAGGAAGCUCAUCGAGAGGCUCCUCAAGACCUCAUCCUACCAAGUUACCACAGUAGACUCUGGGAGCAAAGCCUUGGAAUUGCUGGGGUUGAGAGAGGACCAGGAUAUCUCAUCGCCUUCCUCACCGGACAAGAACGAAAUAGCGGUGAAUUUGGUCAUAACAGACUACUGUAUGCCCGGGAUGACAGGGUAUGAUCUGCUCAAGAAGAUCAAGGGGUCAUCAUCUUUGAAGGACGUUCCAGUUGUGAUCAUGUCCUCUGAGAAUGUGCCUUCCAGGAUCAACAGAUGCUUGGAAGGAGGAGCUGAGGAGUUCUUCCUCAAGCCAAUACAGCUUUCAGACCUCAUCAGGCUCAGACCUUACAUGCUAAAAGGCAAGUUGAAGGAGCAGCAACCAUCACAACACCAAGAAACCAACAGUAGUACCAUUAGCAGCUGCAGCAGUAAUAACAACAGUAAGAGCAAUAAAAGGAAGGCCAUGGAUGAGGGGCUUUCACCUGAGAAGACCAGGCCAAGAUUCUCCAGUAGUAGCUUGGCAUUGGUGUCAUAUGAAGAGACCGCCUAAUUGCUUACGCCAUCUACCUUGGAUUGGGUUUCCUUGAAUCAUAUGCCUGGAAACCCAUAUACAUACACCUACUUGAUUCCAAUUUUUGUUGUUGUCAUGAUCUCCCCAACAUCACAAGCAAAUGUAGAAAAGAAAAAUGGAGAUUCAAGUCAUGAAUGGAUAGAUUGGAUUUCUGAACUCAAA